AUGGGGGUGCCUCUUCCACCGCAGCAGCGGCGGGAGAUCUACCGUAUGUUUCUGGAGUACUUGCGCCUAAAGCAAACGUACAAAGUCUCCGAUGGCACCGAUGUGGCCGUGGCACUUCGAAAUGCUGGCGUGGGAGCGCUCGUUCACGAGAUCUAUGUGGACGAAGCUCAGGAUUUUUCACCGGCCGAGUUGACUGCUCUCAUGUCCUUGUGCGGACAUGCCGAUGGCGUCACUAUUGCGGGUGAUACCUGUCAAACGAUCAACCCGGGGAGUGCAUUCUCAUUCCAAGACAUUAUGGAUGCUUUUCUGAGGUUGGAGCCGAAAUGCUUUGCAGGACCUACUGAUGGUCCUGAAACGGAGGCUGCCAAGUGCUCUUGGGAUCAUGUUGAGGACUGCCGCCAGAUGUCGCUGGCUUUCAACUAUCGCUCUGCACCACCCAUCGUGCGACUGGCAAAUGCGGUCUCAGAGCUGCUACUGCAGAUGUUCCCCAACACCGUGGAUGCCGUGGAAGAAUCUGCCGCUGGCACGCAAGGUGGCGAAGUGCCGCUCUUCGUGCACUCGCAUUCUGGACACGAUGUUGUGGACAUUGUGAUGGGCACUGGUGACCGCCGCCUCUGUAGCAUGGAUCCCACGAGCUGCGUUGUGCUGGUUGGUGCGGACUCGGCUCGUCAGCGCCUUCGCCAUCUAGGCCUCAGAAGUACAAUUUUGACGGUGGCGGAGGCCAAAGGCCUGGAGUUCGAUUUCGUGGUGAUUUGCGACUUCUUUCAGGUCUGUGGGGACGGAGCUUCCUGGUAUGCCGUAGAGGACUUCCUGAGGGCCAAGACAGCCGAGAAGCGCAGCAAGCGCCCGACACAGGCCCAGCGCGGCAUGUCUCAUUCUGCCAGGCAGUGGACACCGACCCUGGUCCGGGGUCUGAAGGCACUGUACGUGGCCAUCACUCGUUCACGUUGCGGCUGUGCUUUCGUGGAAUCGGGCCCAAAGUCACUUUGGGGUCCCCUGGUUGAGUAUUGGCAAAGCCGAGACUUGGUCAAGUUUGUGGAUGGUGUCUCGGCUUAUGCCAAGUUGUCAGGCUGUGAUGCCCAAGCUCGGUCAGGCGAGAGUCCCGCAGUUGGGGCAGGCGCAGUCCUCCUCAACUCGGUGCAGCAAGCACUCACUUGGCUGUGGUCGGAACUCCAACUGCGCACUGGGCCGGACCAGAAGAAAGUCCGGAAAGUGUUGGGACAGGAGCGACUGCGGCUGCAGGCCGGACAUGCUUUGGAUCCCCUGUUCAUGCAGCGUUUCGCAGCAGCACACGGAGUUCUCUCUCAAGCGAAGGGGAGCUCGAUGUUUGCGGAUACUCACGCUGCAACUGCUUCAGCACGCGAGCAAGCUGAAGAAGGGCCAUGGCCAGACAUCGCGUCUUUGGUGGACGUGCUCCAACGGCGCUCUCCCAUGGACAGGAGGGCGCAAGGAAUGGCCACGGCCUCCAGGCAACUCUGGAGACGAGGCCUCCAGCUGCUUGCGCACGCCUCCGACGAUUCAGAUCAGCGUUGGCAAGUCUAUGGUGAGGCCGAGGCCGUUUUCGGUGAGAGCCUUGUGUGCGCAAGGAAGCUUCUGGAUGCGCAACUUUCGCAAAGAGCCAGGCUGACGGAAGCACGCGUGGACAGCCAUCCCGACAGGAAGAGGGCAGAGAGAGACAACGCGGACAUUCAGACCCCUCCGGACAUGAUGCGGAAGGUUGUUCAGAUCGCUGCGACCUACGUGAACUCGGCACGCCUGCAAGACCACAUGUUUGCCGACAUACUUGACGCCAAGUCAUCGGUGGAGAAGGAGAGGUUCCACGUGAGAGGAUGGCUGCUGUCGGGUCGGGAGGUAGACUUCGAGAUUGCGGCCACCGCCAGCUUGGAAGACUUGCACGCCCGUUUUGAGGAGCUCCUCGGCCACCAGUGUCACCUCGUGUUAUCUGGAGACGGAGAAGUGGGCACAAACCUCUCAGCCCUGGAUUCUACCAACUCGCUGCGUGACAUUCUGGCGGAGACGGUCCAUGCCUGGAGCGCCGAUCUCGCUUGGCACCGUGCCAUUUGCGAGAUUUUGGCAGCCCAGCUUCUGCGGCCAACUUUGCAUCAUGCCGCCGCUAACACACAGCUCCACGGACUCCAGGCUUUGUGUGUCCCGCGCGUAUGGGAGACGGUCUUCGCUAUGCUUUCGCAACGUGGAGAUUCAGAGUUCGAGGCACGCUGUGCCUUCCGGCUGACAGUGGAGCGGUGGCUGGAGCACAUGACAUUCCGUUGUGCAGCACGCAAGAAGAUCCAUCUGGCUCGUGCUCACCGCUUGCGCUACACGGCCAUGUACUCUGACGAAGUCAGCCGAGAUGCUGACAUGGCAGCCCUUGAGUUGGAGAAGCUUCUGAAGGAUGAGGCGACGCUGAGCCCGAUGCAGCCCAUGUUUGCAAUAACGGCUGCUGUGCAAACGCUCUUGUUGAAAGCUAGCCCCUCGCAGUUGGAAGAGGGCCGAUUGUUUUUUGCCGAAGUCCUCGUACCGAAGCAUCGUCGCCGCGACCGGAUACACUGGAGAGCAGCUCGACUCUUCGAGUCGCUGGGAGACGUGCGCGAGGCGGCAAAGGACUUCCAAAGCUCCUCCGAGGCCGCGUUCCAAGUGGUGGCCGCAUGGAGAGACGUUUCCCACAUGCUGGGCACCCUGUCCCAUAUGUCAUCAUAUGUUUCAUGA